ACCCUGUCUCUCAAAAUGUCAGCUCUGGCAACAGGACGAGCAUCUCGCGACAUCCGAUCUGUAGGAGAUGCUGUGCCUUCUGUCAGAGUAAGGUCUCGGGUUCCAGGAAGCGGGCGGAGAGGCUCGGCUUGGGUCCGUCUGUGCCGGGCUGCAGGCAAGUCCAGGCGGAGGACGUCCCGCUCAGGACCUCCUGUUUCCAAGAGGGGCCACGAGGCAGCGGCUGCUGGGCAGGCUGCGGGCCUCCCAGCUUUCUCCACGGAAGGGCAGAGAGGAACUUCAGGAGGUGGGCAGACAAACUGAGCGCUCCAGGGUGCCACGGUUCCGCCAAGCACAGCUUCCAGCACCCGUUCCUCCAGGCCGUGGGCAUGUUCCUCGGCGAGUUCUCCUGCCUGCUCGUCUUCCACCUCCUCCUCUGCUGCGACCGCCGCCGGCCGGAGCCCACCAUGGCCGCCCCCCGCGCCUUCAGCCCGCUGCUCUUCCUGCCUCCGGCGCUGUGCGACAUGACCGGGACCAGCCUCAUGUACGUGGCUCUGAACAUGACCAGCGCGUCGAGCUUCCAGAUGCUGCGGGGCGCGGUGAUCGUCUUCACGGGGCUGCUCUCGGUGGCCUUCCUGGGGCGCAAGCUGGCCGUGAGCCAGUGGCUGGGCAUCGCCAUCACCAUCGCGGGGCUGGUGGUGGUCGGGCUCGCUGACCUGAGCAGCAACAACGAGCAGCGGAAGCUCAGCGAGGUCAUCACAGGAGACCUGCUCAUCAUCAUGGCCCAGGUGAUCGUCGCCAUCCAGAUGGUGCUGGAGGAGAAGUUUGUCUACAAGCACGACGUCCACCCGCUGCAAGCUGUGGGCACGGAAGGGUUCUUCGGCUUCGUUGUCCUCUCUGUGCUCCUGGUCCCCAUGUACUACAUCCCCGGGGGCAGCUUCAGCGGCAACCCCCGGCGGGCCCUGGAGGACGCGCUGGACGCCUUCUGCCAGGUCGGGCACCUGCCGCUCAUCGCCGUGGCUCUGCUGGGCAACAUCAGCAGCAUCGCCUUCUUCAACUUCGCGGGCAUCAGCGUCACCAAGGAGAUCAGCGCCACCACCCGGAUGGUGCUGGACAGCCUGCGCACCGUGGUCGUCUGGGCGGUCAGCCUCGCCGUUGGCUGGGAGGUCUUCCACGCCCUGCAGAUCCUCGGCUUCCUCAUCCUCCUCGUGGGCGCUGCCCUGUACAACGGGCUGCACCGGCUGCUCCUCGCACGCCUGCCCUGCCGCCAGGCGCCGGACGGGGCCGCGGGCACGGGGCCCGACGCAGAGCGCCUCCUGGCCCCCGACGCGGCCACCAUCAACGGGGACAGCUGACGG